UACCCACCCUGUCACCGUGUGACUCGACCAUUGGAUCUUCCGAAUCGCUUGCUUUCUAGAAAGCACCAAGACCAUUGACCUCCUUGACGUACUUUUGUCUUCCGCCCCCUAAGAAUCACCCACUCUUCCAUCUUCCAUUCUUAGAUCCCAUCAAUUCCCCGAAUAGAACUCGUUCUUGCAUCACCAAUAUCGCUUUUAAUACAUUAUCCAUUCAUUUGGAUAAUCCCAUCGUCGAGCCCGUCCAUUCAUCAGCAAGCUCCCCCAACGUAUAGAAUCAUCUAGACCGACAAUACGGUGUACCGAGACCAUCCCAGUAAUCUUCAUCCAGCACCUUGAAUUAUCCGACCCACGAUCGUACUAUCCUCCAUCAUGGCUUUCGAGCAAACCCGAGACCUCCGAGGUUCCGCUCAGGACUCGAAGAGAUUCAAGGAGCACAAUGCGAAGUGGAGGCUAGGAUACCGAGAGAUGCCUGGAAGCCAACCGGUCAUAGACAACGAGCUUACAGGUGAAUACCAUUAUGCAGGCAGUGCGAGCCAACGCGAGAGAUUCCGGCCUUGGAUGCCCACGAGCCAUACACGCCGUUGGCAUGAACAGAACGUCGUGAAACCGAGGGAAAGCCGGUUCGAGUCUCGAACAAGCGCUUGGCGUGCCAAGAUAGAUGCGCAAGCAGAGCUCAACGACCCGAGCAAUAUCUCGCGGUCGCUUCACGAGCUCAUUCCAUCAUCUCCGCGGCGAAACUCGAGUAUUUCGGAUAACAUCCUAUACAGCUUUGAUAGAAGCGAGAGCCCGUAUAAGCCACUGACGUUAGAUGUAUUCGUGAAGACCAAUCCGAAGGAGACGGAGAAGUUUGUAGAGAAGGAAUACGAGAUCCUAGACAAUAACGGUGAUGCCCUCAAGGGCCGAAAGGCUCGGCAGAAUCUCCGUCGCAAGAAUCGGGCGGCCGCAGCAGAGGAACCUGACAUCAUUGAGGAUGACGGCUUCGAACUCGUCUAAUGACCCUUCAUAAUAGCUGUAUCGACUCUCCGGGUAU